UUCUCCUCUAUUCUUCCUCCUUACUGUCCACUCCUCAUCUGUUCAAAAAGUUAGAAAAAUGUUACAAGAAGAAACUUAAUCGAGCUAUUUGCAGAACACUACUCCCUCCGAUCCAAACUACGUGUCGUGGUUUUAGUUCAAAUUUGAACUAAAACCACGACACUUAUUUUGGAUUGGAGCAAUGGGAGUAGUAUUAUAAUGCCCUCCAGGAUACAGGAUUGUAGAAACAUAGGAAGAAAUAAAGUCAUAAAAUUAUGAUAUCCCGUCAUAUGGAAUCUUAUAAGAAACAAAAACAUGGACAUCAUUAACUGGCAUAAUUAUGUGUUACUUAUUUAGACAUGGAAAGGAUAGAGUAAAUCACCAAGAUGCAUUGGAACUUUAAAUAUAAUUGGAUUAAGAAGUAACCUCAUGGUAUGACAUAUAACUCCUCUAAAAUGUGAAGGAAACAUUCCUAUUCUACAAAGGCUUUUUAUAUCCUCCAAAUUAAAUUUCUUCAGUUUCUCUCAAAAGUUCCUUUCCUCCAAGAGUAGAAUUAUAUUUCAUUAUACCAUUUCUCAAGUUUGUUUACGCAAGUACGUAUGUAAUGGCUAUGAAGCAAGGAGGCGGCUCUCGAAUCGAUUGUCCACAGCUACAGAUAUGGUUUCUCGGGCUUUUCUGCAAUGCUUACCGAAUCACAAGCGAGAAAGAUCCAGAAGUUGCCUGGAGUGGUGAGUGUGAAAGAGAACACAAUGGUACGCAUGCAUACUACUCGGAGCUGGGAUUUCCUUGGGCUGUCCAUGGGCGUGGACAUCAAGCAGGAGCAGCAGCCAAAUGAGCUCCUUGCAGCAGCAAACCAUGGAGAUGGGAUGAUUAUCGGUGUCAUCGACUCAGGUGUUUGGCCUGAGUCACAGAGCUUCGCUGAUGAUGGCUAUGGACCUCCCCCUUCAAAAUGGAAGGGAACUUGCCAAACCGGUGCCAACUUCAGUGCCCACGAUUGCAAUCGAAAGCUCAUCGGUGCGCGGUGGUAUGCUGGCGCUGACAUCGACAGGAGAUUUCUCCAAGGUGACUUCCUGUCUGCCAGGGAUUCUCAUGGCCACGGCACCCACACAGCCUCCACAGCCGGUGGCAACGUCGUCCACAACACCAGCUUCUUCGGACUGGCUGCUGGAACGGCUCGUGGUGGCGCACCUCGCGCCCGGAUAGCAGUGUACAAGGCUUGCUGGGGUACUUGCUCUACCGCGAGCGUUCUGAAAGGCAUCGAUCAUGCUAUCCAUGACGGUGUUGACGUCCUAUCACUCUCUCUCGGAAGCACGGACGAAAUGGCAGCAUUAGGAACGCUGGGUGCUGUGGCAAGAGGCGUCCCGGUCAUCAUGGCAGCUGGAAAUGAUGGACCUACGGAGCAAACGGUGCAGAAUUCUUCACCAUGGCUACUCACGGUUGCUGCAACCACGGUUGAUCGAUCAUUCCUCAUGGUUAUCACCCUCGGGGAUAACCGACAGUUUGUGGCACAAUCCAUGUAUGUGGCUGAUAAAGGUGGAGAUGAGUUCUCUCAACUUCUGUAUUACUUUAAUGAUAGGUGUGACCCGGACUACAUAAACAGCACUGACAUACACGGGAAGGUGGUAUUCUGCUACACACCAGGACCAGGUAGUGUCUCUCCACCACCCAAGUAUGCAGAUAUUGCAGCGACGGUGCGGAGAAAUGGAGGGAAGGGAUUUAUAUUCUCACAGAAUAAUCUGGACUCUCUUGAUCUAUAUGCAAUUAAAGGACCAGCCCUUCCUUGCGUUCCUCUCGACUUCAAGACUAGCUAUCAGAUUGCUGUGUACUGCAAUCGCAUUGGCAUCCCAAAAAUAAAGAUAUCAACAACCCGAACAACCAGCGGAAGUGAAAUUGCUGCCCCAAGAAUAGCAGCUUUCUCAUCAAGGGGGCCUAGUCCUAUCUAUCCUGGGGUUCUCAAGCCUGAUAUUGCUGCACCUGGGGUGUACAUUUUAGCCGCUGCAGCACAAAGUGGUGAUUACAAAAGUCUAGGUGUUUCCUACGUCUUUGAUUCUGGAACAUCCAUGGCCUGCCCUCAUAUAUCUGGGAUAGUCGCUCUACUCAAAUCCGUGCAUCCUGACUGGUCCCCUGCCGCCCUAAAAUCAGCACUAAUGACAACCGCACAUACCAUGGACAGUCAUGGGGUUCCAAUAGAAGCAAAUGGAAAUCGUGCAAAGAUCGCCGACCCGUUUGAUUACGGAGCAGGGUCUGUUAAUCCAACCAAGGCAGCUGAUCCAGGCCUGAUAUAUGACAUCAGUGCGUCAGAUUACCUCGAGUUUUUCAACUGUCCACAAGGAUUUGGUUCAAAUAACAAUUGCACACCACCUGACUUGAACCUCCCAUCGAUUGCCAUUCCUGGCCUCAAGACAUCUGUGACGGUUGUGCGCACUGUUACCAAUGUUGGCCAGCCGAAUGCGGUGUACAAGGCAUUCUUGGAGCCUCCACCUGGAGUCAAGAUGGCUGUGGAGCCAGCAGUGCUGGUGUUCAGCAAUGCAAGGAGGGUGCAGAGUUUCAAGGUGACUUUCAGGGCCACCCGAAGGAUCCAGGGCAGCUACACCUUCGGUAGCUUGGCAUGGCAUGAUGGAGGCGCCCACCUGGUUCGGAUCCCGAUUGCAGUUCGUGUGGUGAUUGAAGAGCUCUACUCAGAUGCCUCUUAAGUGGGGACGUGACAUGCGGUUCAACUGUAUAAAAUAAAAGACGACUGGAUCUGUAUCUGUGCUUUUUCCCGAAUUCCAACUAUGGCUGUGGUGAUUAGUGUCCGUUCUUAUGGUUGGUAUAUGAACAUUUAUGUCAGUAUUGAAAACUUGACUUAAGUUUGUAUGGUACCGGCGGAAUAAGGAAAUCCACCCGCAACUGGCAAGAUUUUCUGCCUUGCUGCUAGCAAUGGUAACUCCCUUAAUGUUAAAA